UUUCUAAUGAAAAUGGCUGCCUUUCAGCAUUAAACCUCAGCGCUUCAUGGAAAAAACAUCCAUCCCAUAAACCAGAAACAGCACGAUCGUUCAAGAGGAAAACAUCUCGCGCUUCAAGCAUGCGCCUGUUCCUGCGUAAAUAACAUUAUGCUUCUGCUCUCAAGAAUGGAAGAUAGAUCUGUUUCAUGUUUAACCCAUUACAUUCCGUGAUCCGCGUUCCAGAUGAGAAAAUGAUGCACCAAGUAGCAAGCAACAGCAACGACUAUGGUCUGGGUAGCAUUGGGGAUGAUGGCCAACACCCAGCCAGUCACUUUGAGUUGUGCACUUCACAAUCCAAUAAGUUUUACCCCAGCGUUCCACCUCCCUCGCUGCAACUGCCACUCCCGAACCUGCCCCCUUUGCCACAGAGCAUGAUCAAGCCCAUGUCCUGCCACAUGCAGGACUCCCAGAAUGAGUUCCACGGCCAGAACGUGCGAAUGCGGGAUGCUCAGGAAGGCUCCAAGAAGAAGAAGGGCAUGGGGAAGUCUGGGCGACGAGGCAGGCCCUCGGGUACCACCAAGUCUGCAGGCUACAGGACAAGUACAGGACGGCCGCCUGGAACCACCAGAGCAGCGGGGUUUAAAACGAGCCCAGGACGGCCACUUGGCACCACUAAAGCCGCAGGCUAUAAAGUGAGCCCAGGUCGGCCUCCGGGCAGCAUCAAAACACUGGCGAGGCUUAACAAACUGGACUUUGGCACAUGCAACGGUGCUCCGUUCCCAUACACCAUGAUGCAGAAGACGGCCCUAUGCGAAGCCACUGUGAAAGAGAAAGACUCUACCGAGUGAAAACCUUUUUUUAUUUAUUCGCAAGCGGGGGGAUGAGGGUGCAUGUCCAAAGUGGCCGUGAAUUGUGUUUUGCGAGGAAGAAGAAACCCAUUUUUUGAUACUUCAGCUCAUGUGUAUGUGCUAGUGUUAUCCUUUUGUGUAUCUUUUAUUAUUCCCCUCCCAAAUAUCAUUAGCGUUUCUUACUACACUGUAAAACAUAGCUGUUAAUGAACAGUAUUUUGAGUUUUCAGUUUAUUUACAGUUGUGAAUUGCAUUAUGGGAUGUUGAUCUCGGCUCUGUGUUGACUUUUAAUGUUGAAAGCAGUUAAACAACGUGACUUUUAUUGAUGUUUUAGUCUUCAUUCAUUCAUUUUCCUUCAGCUUAGUCCCUUUAUUCAUCGCCACAGCAGAAUGAACCACCCAAGUGUGUAGAUUAGCUCUUGACAUUGAUGGGGACACACAUCCCUAGAGCCAAUGCAUUGAACAGCACAAAUUCUGUUUCGCACUUUUAAAAACAUGAAUAAAGUACUUAAUACUAUAAAAUAAGCAUUUAAUAAUAUAAAUAACAAUCACGUCCAAUGCUGCAACAGUCAAUUAACAUUGUUACUGCAGUUGGGCUUUGGGGAGAUGUGAAUAUAGAGAAGUUUAGAGAGGUUCUUUCCCCAUUUUUUAUCCCCAUUGUUGUUUUUUAUAAUCAUGGAGGCCAAAAUCAAAUCUGAAUUGCACAGCCUUGGUUAAUAGUAUAUUGGUGAACUCGUAGUGAACUUGACUUUGUGCAUGUGUAGGUUACUAAGUGUUGACAGCAUUAUUUUAUUUAAGUUGAUUAAUUUAUUAUUAGGAACAUUCCAGUAAUUGGUGGAUUCUGAUGGGGACACAUCCUCUCUGUCCAUGCCAAUUCUACACCCUUGGAACCACCAACUAUUCCAGCAUAUGUUUUACGCAGCGGAUGCCCUUCCAGCUGCAACCCAGCAUUGGGAAAGUAAUACAGACCUGCCAACACUCCCGUUUUUUCCCGGGAGUCUCCCGUAUUUCACACUCUCAGAAAUAAAGGUAUGCGAGCUGUCUCUGGGGUGGUACCUUUUCAAAAGGUACAUAUUUGUACUUGAAGGGUCCAUAUUGGUACCUCAAAAGUAUAUUUUAGUACCUAAAAACUUUUAAGAGGAACACUUAUGUACUUUUUAGGUACUAAUAUGUAACUUUGAGGUAUCAAUAUCGACCCUUUACGUAUAAAUGUUUAUCUUUAGAAAAGGUACCGCCCCAGUGACAGCUCGCAUACCUUUAUUUCUGAGUGUCUGAGAGUCGCCACCCUCUUAUUUUGUUAUUUUUCCUGCAAUUUCACCUCAGAUUGCCGACUUUGGUAUCCGAUUGCAACGAUUGCCCGAAACCUGGUGCAUAGUACAGUUACUUAGCUGUGUUAUUCAGAGCAACCACUCAAGAUUUUCAGAGACAAAUACUGGCAGGUGAAAUAAUAUGAUGUUUAAAAAAUAAUAAAUAGAGAAAAAAGUAUGUUUCCCAGGGAUGGGUUACAGCUGAAACAGCAUCCGCUGCAUAAAACAUAUGCUGGAUGAGUUGGUGGUUCAUUCCGCUGUGGUGACCCUACAUUAAUAAAGGGACUAAGCUGGAAAGAAAAUGAAUGAAUGAAUAAAAUAAGUCUGUGAAAUAACAGAAAAUGUUCUGGCAGUUUAUUACAAGGUAUUUGUAGCGUAAUAAACAACAUCAACCCAGACAAUACUGUAUAUCACUUUAAACCAGGGGUGCCCAAACUCAGUCCUGGAGGGCCGGUGUCCUGCAAAGUUUAGUUCCAACUAUAAUCAGACACACCUGAACCAGCUAAUCAAGCUCUAACUAGACUUUCUAGAAACAUCCAUGCAAAGUUGAAGUAAGUUGACGCUAAAAUCUGCAGUACACCAGCCCUCCAGGACUGACUUUGGACACUCCCGGCUUAGACUAUUAAGCCCAGUUUCAAAGACAGGGCUUGGAUUAAGCCAGGACUAAGCCCUAGUGCUAGUUAAAUUAAGGUAUUUAAGAAGCUUUUAUAAAAAUUCCACUGAAGAAUACAUCACAGGUGUGCAUCUUAUGACAGAACAAUGGACUUGAACGUGCUUUAAAGGGUUGGUCCACAGUGUAUUUUUAUGGCUCGGUUGUGUUCAUAAGAUGCAAGGCAAUGUCAUGCUUCAUUUGUAGAAAAUUAUCCUACUUUGAUUAUAUACAGCUACUCAGCUAACAUGAAAACGACUGUCAUAUUUCCUAGUCCUGCCCUCGAGAGGCUCUGAUUGCGCCCUUGCUUUAAACUAUUAAAAAUGCUAAUAAAAGUAACUUUUAAAAAAACUUUUCAAGGUUAAAAGUCAGAAGAAAGAUCAAGCACCCAUAAUGCAAUUCAGAAGCAUAAAUAAAUGUGGAAAAACAAAAACACAAAUCAUAAAAUACAGAAAACUGCUAAUUUACAGACAUGUUUACAGUGCAUGUUAACCUGUUAUACAGAUGUGCAUGACGGUAGUAUCGUGAAAUAAAGUUACAGUAUUGAACAUGCAGUAUAAUAAUCUUUUCGGUCUUUGCUCGAGUGGAGAGAACUUCAACGGUGUUUUUAUUUUACAUUCAACCUUUUUCCUUGAUGCUUUUGAUGUUACUUCAUCACACAUGGUUUGUAUCGCUCUAGAUUUUAUUAGGACUGAUGGCUAGUAAUAUCUCCACCUGACGUGUAUGUAAAAGUGCUCUGUUUGUGAUGUCCAUAACCACGUGUUUACUUUUGUUGUUGUAUUUAUAACGCGUCUGGUGCUCUUUUAAGACUGAGGAUGGAUUUUUGAUAAGCUAUUUCAGCAAUGGCAUAACCUUUACACAUUGUAAAUAUAGCUGUGAGUUUAUAUCAGUCAGUGUGUUUUCGUUCCACCCGAAGUUGUUUUCCAGUGAUUCUGUCUAGACGCCCCAUGUUACUUUUGUUUUUCUUUUUAACCGCUGGACUAUACGUCACAGUUUUGUGUUAUUGAAUACACAUGAUCUGAUAAUAAUAAACUAUUAUCACUCAAAA